GUGUGUCGGUCGAAAUUGACAAACUCGGAUAUAUUUUUAAACGCCGGCGGGCGGGUUUACAGCCGUGCGCGAGUAGACAUCGCGAAUGAGGUUAGGGACAGGAAUAAAAAGAAGAAGAAAAAGAACGACAGUAAUCCUCGAGAAUCAAAUGCGAUUAGAAGCAGCAGUACAGUUUCCGUGGUUUAUCACGAUUGAAGUUGGCUGUUGAAAUUUGCACCAAUCCACCCGUCCCUUGAGGUUGGGCAACUCAAACAUCGUAGUCGUAAUGUCAGAGUAACGCCGUUACUGACAGUUCAGUACGGUAGCUUCGGGUUGAGUGUGUGCGUGACAGGCGCGUGUUGAACAGUCUGCAAUAGUGUGUGUGUGUUUGCUACCUUCAAACACAGAGCGAUUCCUCCGCUCCCGCUCUGCUGGCCUUCGUUGUCAUCUUUUCCGCAGUCGUCGCCUUCGACGUCGUCGUCGUCAUGAAAAGAAAAAAAGGGCAGAGUGGUUGGCAGUAGUAGUAGGAAAGGCAGCAGCAGCAGCAGCAGCAGCAGAGGCAGCUUUUCAUCCGGCUGUUCGUGCGAUUGAGACGCGUCGCGUAAGCGAAGAAGAAAAGUCCCAUUUUGUGCUCGCUCCGUGUCACGGGAUGUGUUUGAAAGUAGUUGACGAAAAAUGUUCCUUUGAGGAAUGUGAUUAGUGUUUAGAGGAAGAUGUGUGAUUUCACUCAUGAGCUGAAAGUUUAAGGCAAAACAUUAUCUACACAGGAAAAGAAGGAAAGGAGUGUGAUGUGCCUGGUGGCAUCUUGAAUUAUUGGUUCGUUCGCUAUGGUUGGUGCAGUGUGUUUUUCCUACAGGUGAGCUAUAAAUUUUUUCGAAGCCGCAGUUCUUGGGUUGAAAUAGCUUUUCUAAGCAUUUCUUCUUUGCCACUUUUGACAACCAGCCAGUGCUUGUGUGUAUGUGGGUGUGUGUGUGUGUGCAGUACUUGUGCAUCAUUUGGUGGUGUGUUGAGCUGUGCUUGUGAUUCCCUUCGGUCAUGAUAAACGUAAUAAUAUUGCUACCAUUUAACACGUCCUCUCUGGUGGCCACAAUCAUAAUAUGUUGCGGUUAUGCUAUUGCGAUGGGGUGUGCUGCAUCACGAAAAAUGUGUGAUAAAAAGAGGUUAUCCUGGGGGGUGGGGUGUAUGGCGGCGGGCUCCAUACAAACGAGAGUGUGGUUUGUGCGUGAAAACGAUAUUACAGCACACACAAGGACACACAACAGUGAUGAUGUUGCCGUUGUUGCCACCUCCGCUGCCACACCAUGGAUGAAUUUUAAUAGGGAGUUUAUUUAGCCUUUUACACACACUCCAUAUAUUUAAUUUUUGCGACUCGAAUCGACUUCUCCCCUCUCUCCCCCAUACUUCACUGACCGCGCUUGUUCACGGCAACCAGCGACGCGCGCCGCCCCGUGCUACUCGCCCCCUUGUUUUCCGUGCACGGUUUCGGUUUGGUUCCGGUACGGUAAUAUUAUUUUCCUAUUGGAUUCUUUGGAUUGUCGCGCAGAGCAGCAGCGAACUGCGUUUUCUCAUUCUCGUGACGCGUACUGUACCUCCUGGCACAUUAGCACAAGCGCGCAAGUUUGAAUAUGUGCGUUGCGUGUGCUUCGUGUGUAGUGGUGAGAGCGGGAAAUAUCGCGCGCGGGAGCGUGGACUGAUUUUUUCACACCACCACACAGAAACCCGUGUGCACUGAACGAGAGCAAAGAUAGGUUUUUAUGUCUCUCUCUUUCCCUCUCUCUCUCUCUCUCUCUCUCUCUCUCUCUCUCUCCUUCUCUUUCUCUCUCUUUCUCUCUUUCUCUCUCAAUCGUUAGUCGUUUAUUUCGUAUUGCGAUUCUCUUUAUCGUUUUGUGGCGUUGGGUCGGGUUAAGGAAGGUAAAAUAAAAUAGCGCAGACAGACCGGUGGUAUGGUGUUGCGUAUAUGCCAGUGUGUGCGUGUGCGUUAGUUUGAAGCGGAAAAGUAUGUGUGUGUUUGCGUGUGCUAUCGCUUUGCAAUUGGAAUGUACAGAGUAAAAAAAAUCUUUCUACUUCUCAAAUAGUAUGAAAAUUAUCAUUCACGCAAAAUUGCAUUUUUUUCUACCCUGAAUAAUCGCUAGUGAACGAGUGCAUUGUUAUUUCAGCUUGAAGAAAUGCAAUGUUUUUAAUGAUUUCUUAACUCGAAUUGAUUUAAAAACCGGAAUGUAACUAAUUUCUCGACAAAGUUUAUCAAAUUUCUUGACAAAUUUUCAAGGCAAAUGUUAGUUUUGGUUUGAAUCGUUGCGACUCCAGCCGAGCUGGUUCAUGUUUUGUCGUGUUUCUGCAUGCGUGUGGCCCAAGCCCCCACUGCGCCACCCUCAAAGAGAAGCAAAAAGCGGUUUCAACAAGCUCUAGCAGCAGCAGCAGGGGCGGCAGCCAGCCAGCAGAAGCUAGGAGAGACGAAAAACGGCCGCCUUUGCCUUAGUCCACUAACACAAUGAAGUGCGUUCAACACACCAACACACGCACACUUCCCAUCCCAGCAGGGUUCGUUUCUCGCAGUGAAAACGCAAUCACCCUUUGUAAAGUGUGUGUGAAUCUCACGCACACAGCGUGAAGGAAGUAUUUCUUUCCCGCUCUGUGUCUGUCAUUCGCGCUCUUUCUCCCUUUAUGACUCUCUCUGUCUAUCGCUCGCUCGGUCCCUUGUUUUGUCUCGUUCGGCGCGCCUUGGCCCAUGUUUACCGCCUUGGCCUGGUUGGAGGCCAGAGGACGUUGCUGACGGUGUUGGCCUCCUUCUCGGCGUUGUGCUAUUUGGUCCAAUUGGAGCGUUCAUUGGCGUUGGGUGACCCUUUAUCGGCGUGCAAACCAUUUUCUAUGGUAAAUUUAUCUUGUGCAAAUGAGCAUAAAGCGGCCAAAGUGUCGGAGAGGACUGCAGAAUUCUUUGAACAAUAUACGGAUUGACAAAGGUGUAAUAGAAACAAGAACAUUGAAGCGGUGGCGUAGAGCAUUUGAGUGAGUGUGGCAAACAAAUCGGUUGUGUGUGUGUGUGUUUGUGUGCGGAAAGGCGGUGAUGCAUGUUUGUGAAGGAAGAAAUGAAAAACAAAAACGAACGCUCAUCUAUCUGCAGUAGUAGUACAUUGCGCGAGUGAACACAGCCUACUCUGCGGGGGGCUGCAUAAAAGGCAUUUAGUGUAGUGCUUCUGGGGUUUUAGCGUAAGUUGUAGCGCACAGUGUAAAGCUAGUAAAGGAAGAAGCCCCAUACUCGCAGUAGAGAAGCAGAGAAGAAGAGUUAAACGAACAGAAAAUGAACCCACGAUGAAGCGCGGGAGAACGGAAGAGAUACAAUUCGGGCAACCGCGGGUUCAGCCUCCGACGGGACAGCAGCGCAUUAUCACGACAACGCAACCGCACAAUGUGGCCAGCAGCACUGGCACGACCAUACAGUACCAGAUUCCGCCGAAUGUCAUAAAGACGGCCACGCCGCCCGAUUCAGUCAAUUCCGUGACUAAUCUGAGCACCCAGCAGCAGCAGCAACAGCAAGGGACCCAGCUGGUCGCACCACAGCAGGCCACCAGUGUCCAGUACACAACCACUUAUAACACCACACUUGGAAGCAAUUUGGUAAAAACCCAGCAAACAACGAAUCCACAGCAGCAGCAAAUCCACGUGGUGAACGCGUCGAAUCAAGUGCGCGGCCCAACCCACAAAAGCACCGUGGUUAAUGCCACGGCCGUCGCGACGAACGCGGGCACGGCAAACAGUAACAGUUCCGUAGUAAGCAGCGGCGGUGUAACCGCAGGAGGAGGACAGCAAGUUAUAACGACCAGCAUGUCGCCAGGCGUCCUGCCAGGAGGAGGCGGUGGUGCGGCACAGGGCCCGCCACCUCCUCCGCCCCAGGGGCAGGCCCAGCUGCAGCGGUUGAAGGUGGAGGACGCGCUCAGCUAUCUCGACCAGGUGAAGUUCCGCUUUGGCAAUCAGCCCCAGGUGUACAAUGAUUUCCUCGACAUCAUGAAAGAGUUCAAAUCGCAAAGUAUCGACACGCCCGGCGUCAUCCAGCGAGUGUCCAACCUGUUCCGGGGUCAUCCGGAGCUGAUCGUUGGAUUCAACACGUUCCUGCCGCCGGGAUACAAGAUCGAGGUGCAGGCGAACGACCAAGGCUGCUACCUGUUCCAGGUGUCCGUGUCGGUGCCGCCGACGGCAUCGUCCGGUGCGUCCGUAGCGCCGCAACCCUCACCGCACAAGUACAACACGAUCUUUCAGGGCGGCGGUCAGAUAGCGACCGGUGGGCCCGGAAGUGGGGCGGGCGGAACGACCGUUGUAACAGCGAGCUCGGUCGGGAACGCUUCCGGCACGACCGGAGCCGUAAAUCUCAUGGCCUACGGCGGUGGGCAUGCGGCCACCGCAGCGCCAGGCGCUAGCGUUCCCAUUCACGGUGGCACUCCGUUGCAACAGCCGACGGGUGGCACGGCGGGAGGUAACGCUAGCCCGGCGACGGCACAGAACGCGCAAACAUUAACGGCCACCACGACUACGACCGGGGGAGCAUCCGGGCCGCAGGUGGCGCAGAAUUUCUCCUCGCGCAGUGACCAUCACCGCGAACGGACGAUAUCCACCGGUUCGGUCGCCAGCAAUGCCAGCCUGCCGACGGGCGUUACCGCCUCUACGGCGUCGUCCACUACAGUGGUGUCGGCGGUAGACGCUACGACCGGCGGAGGAUCAGCCGGCGCAACGGUUGUGACGGGCCAGGCAACGCCGUCCAACAUACAUCGGAUAUUAACGCAGCAGAUUAUCUCGCAACAGCAACAGCAGCAGGGAACGGGAGCUGCCGGGGCAGGGAUGGUGCCGGCGGGCAUGGUGACCGCACCGACACAGGUGCAGCACCACCAGCAGACGACGAUGCAGCAGGUGCAGCCGCCGCCGGAGGCGCAGACGGCGACCGUCACGACGACGGUGGUGCCGACGCCCACGGCCACCGCUAACCAGCCGGUCGAGUUCAAUCAUGCCAUUACGUACGUGAACAAAAUCAAAAACCGAUUCCACACGCAGCCAGAAAAGUACAAACGCUUCCUCGAGAUUCUGCACACCUACCAGAAGGAGCAGAAAACGUACAAGGAGGGAGCCCAGAGCGGUUGCAUGACGAGCGCGAAGCAGCUGACCGAGGCGGAGGUGUACACCCAGGUGGCGCAGCUGUUCGACAAUCAGGAGGAUCUGCUGCGAGAGUUUGGGCAAUUCCUGCCCGACGCGACCAGCCACCACAACCAGGCGGCCAUGCAGCAGCACCACCUGGCCUCGGGCAAGAACAAUUCGCAUAAUUUGGUGGUGAACGCCUCGAUGCACGACCACCAGCAUCAACAGCAGCAGCAACAGCAGCAACAACAGCAACAGCAGCAGCAACAACAGCAGCAGCCGCAGCAGCAGCAGUUGGGAGUGCCAGCCGGCACGGCGGGUAUCGUUGGUCUAGGGAGCGGUGCUUCCGGGCCAGCGGUGCACGGUGGUGGCGGCGGUGGCAAAAAGCUGGGCAAUUCCAACUUGGCAGGCGUGGGUAGUGGUGCAGGAAUGGCCAACUUGAAGGUGUACAACAGUAUGCAGCCGGCUAACAUGGGUCGUCUGCAGCAAGAGCGCGACUUUUCGACAAUGGGCACCGAUGGCAUCAGCAUCCAUGGGUCGGGAGUCGGUGGAGGUAUGCCGCCGGGCAGCACCAUCUCCGUGAGCAGUGGUGCCAUUCGGACUGCCGGCGGCAACAUUGUCGGUACCGCCGCGGUCAUGCUGGAAAAGGAUCGCAAUCACAUGGGCGGCGUUGGCAGUGGACCCGGCAGUGGUGGGGUGGGCGGUGUCGGCGGAGGUGGAAUGAAUGCGAAGUACAUUCAUGGUGCAUCGAUCGCCACGAUGAAUGCCACUGGUGCCAUGGUAGGCGGAAGCGUACUGCCACCCGGAGCCGGCCCCAACGUAGUGCCGAGCGUGAUGGCAAACCUAGUGUCGGCGAAUGUUGGAGGAGGUGGUAGCGGCGGUGGUAUAAACGCGAUCAAACGAUCGCCUUCGUACGCAGCGGGCCAGAUCGGGCUGGUGGGUCCGGGCGGCCCGGCUGGCCACGGUAACAACAUGAGCUCGUCGCGCGAUCGUGGCGACGGCAGCGGCCCGCCGCCGAUCAAGCGGCACAAGCCCAUCUGCAGGGACGUGUCGCUGGCAGAAGCGUCCAAGUACGGCACGCUGAACGAUUACGCGUUCUUCGACAAGGUCCGCAAAGCGCUGCGCAGUCCGGACGUGUACGAAGACUUCCUGCGCUGCCUGACGCUCUACAACCAGGAGAUCGUGUCGAAGAUGGAGCUACAGACGCUGGUUUCGCCGUUCCUGAACCGGUUUCCCGAUCUGCUAAAGUGGUUCCAGGACUUCCUCGGCCCGUCCACCGGGGUCGGUGGUGGGGCGGCGAACGAUUGCAUACCGCUCACGGCAGCGGCUGCGGCCGCCGCCCGCCAGGAUCGCGAUCGCACGCAGAGCGAGCUGGCCGCGGAUGUCGAUUUGUCGACGUGCAAGCGGCUCGGUGCGAGCUACUGCGCGCUGCCCAAAUCUCACGAAGGUGUGAAGUGCUCCGGCCGAACGAACCUCUGCCGGGACGUGCUAAACGACACGUGGGUGUCCUUCCCGACCUGGGCCGAAGACUCCACGUUCGUGACGUCGCGCAAGACGCAGUACGAGGAGUUCAUUUACCGGUGUGAGGAUGAGCGCUUCGAGCUGGAUGUGGUCAUCGAGACGAACAGUGCCACGAUUCGCGUGCUGGAAGGCGUGCAGAAGAAGCUGACGCGCAUGUCGCAGGAUGAAGUGAGCCGGUUCCGAUUGGACGACUGUCUGGGCGGAACGUCAACCACGAUACACCAGCGCGCUCUGAGGCGCAUCUAUGGCGAUAAGGCGGCGGAUAUCAUACAGGGGCUGAAGAAGAACCCAUCGGUGGCCGUACCGGUCGUGUUGCGACGCAUGAAAGCCAAGGAGGAAGAAUGGCGAGAAGCACAGAAGAGUUUCAACAAACAAUGGCGAGAGCAAAACGAAAAGUACUACCUGAAAUCCUUGGACCACCAGGGUAUCAACUUCAAGCAGACCGACAUUAAAGCCCUCCGAUCGAAAAGUUUGUUCAAUGAAAUUGAGACACUUUUUGAUGAGGUGAGUUACAUGAAGCGCCAUGAGCAGAACGACGAUGCAGCGGCCGUCCCGCAGGCCAGUGGGCCUCAUAUGACCAUACCAUACAAAGACAAGACAAUACUGGAAGAUGCUGCAAACCUGCUGAUACACCACGUGAAACGGCAGACGGGCAUCCAAAAGCAGGAGAAAGCCCGGAUAAAGCACAUCCUGCGGCAGUUUGUGCCGGAUCUAUUUUUCGCUCCUCGUCAGCAGCUCAGUGAAGACGAGCGAGAAGAGGGUAAGAAUGAUAAAGAUACGGAGAUGGAACAAGACGAGGAGGUUAGCAGCGCUGGCAAAUCGUCUAGCAGUGGUAAAAAAUCGUCCAGCAAUGUCCCGAGCUUUUCUGGUAGCAAUUCAACUAGCAAUUGCAAUCCAUCCAGUAAUGCUUCGGGCGCGGCUACCUCCACCGAUACGUCAGCGACCAGCACGAGUGUAUCGGAAGGAACCGGCAAGGAUGGGGAAGGUGGCAACGGUGGUGCAUCGAAAACAGUCUCAAUGUCUUCAACCUCCGCUGAUCUGCAAUCGGCUACUUCCUCAUCCACGACGGUGACUUCAUCUGGCGCCGAAGCCUCCCGAACGAAGGAAGACGGCAAUGGAAGCAGCAACACCGCAAGCGGAAACGACGACAGCUCCACGGAUAAGUCGACGACAAUAAAGAUAGAAAUUAAAGAAGAAAGCGAUGCAUCUAUGAUGCAGGAUCCGGCUUCCGCGAGCUCUGGAACCACCGGGCAGCAGCCGAUGAGCCCUCCGUUACCACCGCACGCCGUCAGCAAACAUAUCGAGGAAGCAUAUACGCUAUUCUUCACGAACAACAGCUGGUACCUGUUCCUGCGGUUGCACGCGAUACUGUGCGAACGUUUGCGUUCGAUCUACGAGCGCGCUCAGAUAAUCGCGGCAGAGGAGCGUGCAUACGAGAGCACCCGGAACAACAGUACCGCCACCGCGUUACGGUUAAAGCCGAAGAGUGAAAUCCGUAUCGAGGAGUACUACAACAUUUUCCUGGACAUGUUGAAAAACCUGCUCGAUGGCAAUAUGGAAUCGAGCAGCUACGAAGACACACUACGGGAAAUGUUUGGCAUUCACGCCUAUAUUGCAUUUACACUCGAUCGGGUUGUACAAAACGCGGUACGACAGUUACAACACUGCGUCACGGAACGGGGAGCACUGGAGUGUGUAGAAUUGUUCCAGGCCGAGCAAAGACGGGGUGGUGCCGGUGGCCUGUGCCGGACAGCUAACCGGCGGAUCGCGGCCGAGCUGGCAUAUCAGCGGAAGGCAGAAGCUGCACUGCAGGAUGAAAAUUGUUUCAAAAUCUACAUCUACAAAAUCGAUUGCCGGGUUACAAUCGAGCUGCUGGACACCGAGUCGGACGACACGGCAAACAACUUCGCCAGCACGCAAGCCUACGGCUCCUACGUCAAUCGUCUCUCAAACCCAGCCGCCACUGGUACCGGAAGUGAUAGUGGUGGAGGCGGUGGUGGUGGUGGUGGUGGCAGUGGUGGAGGUGGUGGUGGCGUAGGUAGUGGUGGUGGAAGUGUUGCUGCUGCAAACGCCGCAGCUAGUGGAAGUAGUGUCACCGGUGGUGCAAGUGGUGCUGGUGGUGUUGGUAAUAGUGGUGGUGGAAGUGGUGUGGCGGAAACUGGUGCAUCGGUGAACUCGAGUAGCGGCAGUAGUAGUGGUGGAAACAAUAAUCACAACAGCACACCCGCCGGAACAACAAACAGUAGCAGCAGCAGCAGCAGCAACAACAGUGCCGCUGGUGGAAGCACUGGAAAUGCUGAGGUUAAAACGGAAACUCCCGACGUCGAGCUGAAACCGCAGCAAUUAGUGGGCUCUACGCGUAUGCCCGUAUUCCUAUCCCGCAAUGCAAGGCACAGCCGAAAGCACACAGUGGGGAAAAUUUCGGUCAACAUCGAGGGAAAUCCGGCAACGCUGAAGGAGCUGCAGGCGGGCGAUGCUGGAGAAGAAAUUUCCCCCAACAGCAGCAAAGCCGCGAAAGCUUCUGAUGCAAAUUCCUCCUCCUCCUCCUUCUCCUCUUCCUCGACGAGUAAUGGGUCGAAGCAGCAGCAGUCACAUUCGAAUGUUGGCGGCGCGGAGGGUGAAAAACAACGUGCCCUAAACGAAUCAACCAGUGAAGCUACCGGUGCUACCGGAGGAAAAGUAAAGUUCUCCCAGCAAGAAGAAAGUGGUGCGACCACUGGGAAAGGAGAAACGAAUCCUUCAUCUUCUCCUGCUGCUGCUGCUGCUGCUGCUUCGGCAACGAGGGAUAGCUGUGGAAAUGGCGGAAAAGCUGCUAGCAGUGGCAACAAUAACAAUCUAAACAACAUCAAUAACAAUAACAGCAUUUGCAGCACCAACAAACAGCUAGACAAUCCGCUCUGGUUCGGCGGUAGUGGCGUGAAGAAGGCUCCACCACCCGAAAGGCUGCCGUGUAUGAAUGGUGCGGAUCGCAAUCUGCUCUACAUCGAUGAUAGCGAGCAGAUGAAAGUGAACCGUACCUUCAAGACGAACCAGGUGCAGAAGAAGAACUUCACGAUGUAUCGGCCUGGAGCACUGACACGCGCAAGAAAGAGCCACUGUCGCGUUACUACACGGAUGAACCAAAGGUUUAAGAAGGUGGUGGAUACGUGGCUGGAUCAGCAUGUAACCGCUUCCCAGCGGGCAAUGUGUGUUGAUUGGUUGCUCGGUAAGCGGCAGGACCUCAUGAAGAACACAACCUCCGUUAUCGUUCAAGACAAUGGAUUGAGCCGUACUCCGUACGCGCCUUACAAUAGGUAUAAGGUAGAUCAAAUAGAGAUGAUGAUGGAGUAGGUAAAUAGCGAAAACCGAGACGAAUGCACCGUGCUGUGGGCAGACGCUAUGCCUUAUGGAAUGAAAUAUUCGUUCUGUAUAAAGGUGUAAGGUGUCUGCCAAGCGAAGAAGCACAUUUUUAGCUGUGUUUUGCUAAAAUACCAGAAUGUACUAUAAUUACUUUUACUUUCAAGCAUGAGCCAGACAAACUCGUGCGUCUAAUAAGUAUGACAUGUGCCUAUUCAUUCGAGACUAAGAUUAAGGAAAGAAUAUCAUUGUUAAGAAGAGAAUCACUACACAAUGAUAAUGUUUUAUUUAACUUCGAUUUUCUUACAAUGUUACAUAAUUGUUGUACUUUGCUGUAUAAUAUCCGUUAAAUGAUGCAUGGUAGUACGCGUAGAGGUGUACUGUUGGGCAUACCUUUAAAAGGGCAAUUUAAGGCAAAACGUUUUCAAAAUAGAGCACAUAAGCUCCCAUCAGCUCACAAGAGAGCGCCGAUUGAUCAGUAGGAUAAGGUGAUGAGUUGAGGGAAGAGAACUUUUAUUUUUUAUAUUUUUACUGCGUACAAAAAUAAGUUAGCUAAGAAGCGGUGCAUGCGAGACACGAAGCUAGAAGAGAGUGUGUGUAAAUAAGAACGUUUUACUUUGUGUGAGAAAGUCAAAUUGAUGAUACAAUAGUGCGCGAGAUGGGGAGAGGAUAGCGUGAGUCUCGGAAGGUGUGUUGCCGAGGAUUCAUCAAAAGAGCAAUCUUUCCGUCCAUUACAUCAACCAUUUACAUGCAAUCAACCGACCAAAUGUGGAUUCAACAGCGCAGCACUUUUCUGCAAAAUGUGAGUGGUUGAAGAGGAGACAAAAAGGUGGUCAAAAAGAAGCCACCAGUCUAGCUAGAAAAA